UCUCUCUUAUCCUCAAUAAUUUCUUUGAUUCCAUAUCAUCCAUGGAAUCAAAGCUUAAGCCAUCGGAGCUGAUGGCGAUUUCGGUGUUGUUAGCAUUGUUGAGCCUGCAAAAUUGGGCAAAUGCAACUCCCCAAGUGCCAUGUUACUUCAUAUUCGGGGACUCGUUAUCGGAUAGCGGGAACAAUAAUAAACUCUUGACGUCAGCUAAAGUAAACUAUCCACCUUACGGGUUUGAUUUUCCCCAAGGACCGACCGGAAGGUUUACCGAUGGUCGAACCAUACAUGAUUUUAUUGUUAAGCGUUUGGGGUUCAAAGAUUAUAUGCCUCCUUUCGCCGAUUCGGAAGGGAAGAACAUUCUCAACGGUGUCAACUAUGCGUCCGGUGCCGCAGGCAUUCUUGACGCAACUGGAUAUCAUCGGGGUGGUCGGAUACCUUUUAAUGAACAGAUAAAAAAUCACAAAAUUAUAAUCUCGAGAAUUACAGAUUUAAUGCGAAAUGAUUCGGCGACGAAAUUGCAUCUAAGCCGAUGCAUUUACUCGGUUCAAAUCGGAAGCAAUGAUUACAUCAACAACUAUUUCAAGUCGGCGUUGUACCACAGCGGCCGACGCUACACUACGCAGGAAUUUGCUAAUGUACUCAUUGAGCAAUUCUCUGUUCAACUUAAGACUUUGUACGAUACCGGUGCAAGAAAGUUCGCCGUGUACGGGCUGGGGCUGAUCGGUUGCACUCCGGAUGCACUCUCGGUGUACAGACCUGAUGGAAUGCCUUGUGUGCAGAAAUUAAAUGAUGGUGCAACCCCUUUUAAUGAAAGACUCAAGCCACUUCUCGAUGAAUUCAACCGCAAUCUAACCGAUGCUAAAUUCACCUAUCUCAAUCCUUCCGGAAAUCCGGCCGGUCUCGUGACGAAUAGUUCAUGCUGCCAAACCGGGGGUGGUGACGGUGAGCUCUGUCAUCCCAAUUCGAAGCCGUGCCGUAACCCGAGGCAGUACUUAUUUUGGGACGGUGCCCAUCCGACCGAAGUUUGGAACGAGAUGAUCGCGAAAAGUGCUUACGACUCCGAGAAACCCGAGGAAGCUAAUCCAUUUAACAUUCGAAAACUAGCAAUGCAAGUCAUGCCCUUAAGCUUUGAGAAGCAUCGAUUGUAAAUUUGAGAGGGGAAUUCAAUCAUUUACUGAGUAAAGAAUAAGAAAGGGGAUGAAG